GGGGAAUCCUAGCUUAUUUAUCUCGAGUACAUGCAAGUUAUACGUGCUGGUAAUACAUGUACAAAUAACAUAAUGGUUGGGUUUGGGGGGACCAGUAUAUAAAAAUAGUGGGUAUACAAUUCUGCGUGUGAGACGGAAUAGGGGACCCAGCCAGUCACGGCUUUUGAAUUUUGGGAAUGACAUUUUUCCCUUGUUCAUGCGUUGCAAGAGCUGAGUUGCAUUUCAUUGCUUCUUUUCUGAUUAUCAUUUUUUAUCGAGUAUGGCGUUCGCUCAACAACAUAGACGACCUCAGCACCGGUACCGACGCAGCCCUUCUCUGGGCACUGACGACCUUAUCAGCGACGAUUAUAGCAGCCAAGCUUUUGUAGCGCCUACCAGUCUCAUUCUCUCGCCCAGAGCUGCUACUAUUACUACUACUGCUGCUGCUGCUCCUCCUACAACUCAGCAACAGCAACCACCAGCUUCGUCCGACUCUGACAACGACUGGCACGUCAUUAGCUCCGCUGCACCUUCUCGACGCUCGUCAACUGUUCCACGCCGUGAUUCAGCGUCGUCUGCUCUUGACCCUUCUGAUACCUCCUCUUCAGUACGCCAGUCUGAUACCGAGUCUUUUUCUGACAUUGACACUCUCACGUCAUCAGUGCGUAAUGUUGAUGAGUUUACGACACUACCUGCUCAUGACGGAACGGGCACUUUCCUAGACGAGCCUGGAUACUUUUCUGACGGCACCAAUCGUUCACAAGAUGAAGCAGACUCACCGUCUGCAUUUGCUCGAGUUGUGCAUCGUAUGCUGGACAAUCGAAGAGGUUCGAACAGUGGACAGCAGCAGCAACAGCAGCAACAGUUGGCUUGGCGUGCACAACCUAAUGACUUUGCACCGGAAUCAGCUAGUAUGCCAAAUAUAUUACUUCCUCACGGCGGGAUAACAAUACCGUCAUUUGCUCUUAAUACACAUCCAGACCAACAACAGACAAUAGCACAACAACAACAACAUAAAGAGCAACUACAGCAACAAAAGGAGGAAGGCGAGGAAGACCAAAAGAGCGACGAAUACUCCCUGCCAUCUUUCCGACCGACAGUACCAGCAUUUCCCAUAAACGAUAUACAGAGUCAAAGCGAUACAUCUGCAAGUCAUAACACUAGUCUCAGCAACGAUGUUAAAUUCACUAGAAGACGACGGCGUAAUCUUGAUAGCAUCCCAAGUCAUCACCCGGCCAUCCCCGGCACAAUAGCGUCAGCAGCUGUGCUAUCGGCUAUUUGGGAUCAAAUUCGCCGUAUAACUACCAACCUGCUGGAAAACGAUGCAAACACAUCUGAUACAUUCACCAACCUCGUCUCUGAAGCUGCUCUAGAAGGAUGUAUGCCAUUCGGGUCCCACUUACACAUGGAUUUUGGUGGUUCGUUUCUGUCAGCGUAUCCCAGUAGAAAGAGAGUUGAAACGUGGUAUGACCUUGUAUAAAGUAAAAUAUACGGCUUUUUGCUUACGUACAUCAUUGGGGCUUUGCUGUCGCGCAGCCCUACAAAGCAUUACAUUAGUAUCUUACUAUUAUUGUUGUCAUCCAACAACAAUGCUC